AUGGUUAGAGCUUUUACCCUUACUGCCUCCUUGUCUUUAUUGACUGCUUUGGCUUCUGCUAAAGAAUUAACUUCUACUCAAACUGAAGAUGUUACUUCUAUCCAAACUAUCACUUCUUGUUCUGAUCAUAAAUGUACUGCUGCUACUUCUGCCACCUCGGAAGCAGUUGUUACUACUACUGAUGUUGAUAGUGAAACUACUACUUUCUGUCCAGAAACCGCUGAAGAAUCUUCUGCUGCUCCAACUACUACUCCAGAAUCUGUUGCUCCAACUUCUUCUGCUCCAGCUCCACCACAAGACACCACUGUCACUGACAAUGAAGUUGAAACUGAUCAUACUACUUACUGUCCAGAAACCGCUGAAGAAUCUUCUGCUGCUCCAACUACUACUCCAGAAUCUGUUGCUCCAACUUCUUCUGCUCCAGCUCCAAAAGCACCAACUUCUUCUGCUCCAGCUCCACCACAAGACACUACUGUCACUGACAACCAAACUGAAACUGGUCACACUACCACCUGUCCAGAAAGUGAAACUGCUCCAGCUCCAACUACCUCUGCUCCAUCUCCAGAAUCUGUUGCUCCAACUUCUUCUGCUCCAGCUCCACCACAAGACACCACUGUCACUGACAAUGAAGUUGAAACUGGUCACACCACUUUCUGUCCAGAAACUGCUGAGCAUUCAUCUGUUGCUCCAACCACUACUACUCCAGAAUCUGUUGCUCCAACUUCUUCUGCUCCAGCUCCAAAAGCACCAACUUCUUCUGCUCCAGCUCCACCACAAGACACUACUGUCACUGACAACCAAACUGAAACUGGUCACACUACCACCUGUCCAGAAAGUGAAACUGCUCCAGCUCCAACUACCUCUGCUCCAUCUCCAGAAUCUGUUGCUCCAACUUCUUCUGCUCCAGCUCCACCACAAGACACCACUGUCACUGACAACCAAACUGAAACUGGUCACACUACCACCUGUCCAGAAAGUGAAACUGCUCCAGCUCCAACCACCUCUGCUCCAACUCCAGAAUCUGUUGCUCCAACUUCUUCUGCUCCAGCUCCAAAAGCUCCAGAAUCCUCUGCUCCAGCUCCAAAAGGUACCACUGAUACCGUUAUCAAUUCUUCUACCUUAUUAGAAACCAUCACCUCUUGUGCUGACCACAAAUGUACCGUCAGUGUUGCUUCAGGUACCGAAACCCCAACUACUGUUACCGACGAAAACACUGUUACUGGUACUGAAACCACUUGUCCAGAAUCUGAUACCACUCCAACUGCUGUUGCUCCAACUUACUCAUCUGGUUUCAACAAUGGUACUACUCCAGCUGGUCCAACCACUUUAGCUUCAGUUCCAGCUUCUACUGCUCCAGGUACUACCCCAGCUGCUUCUGCUCCAGUUUCUGAAGAUUCUACUUCAUCUUUAACUGACACCUUAUACUCCACCAUUGGUUCAACUUCUGCUCCAGCUGCUUCUGGUAACACCACUGCUGGUGUUUCUACUUACGAAGCUGCUGCCGGUAACAUUGGUGCUUCUGUCUUAGCUUUAGCUUUGAUUCCAUUAGCUUACUUCAUCUAA